UUGAAUCCUAACCUGGAUGUGCACAGGUGACUUCAGCUUUCUGCUGCAGGUGCCUGCGCGGCAGACCGGGAAGCGGCUGGGCUAGCAGCAGAUUGGCCCUCGCCUGCUUCUCAAGAUGCCAGCGCUUAGCAAAGCAGACCCUCUGAGUUUGCUCACAAGAACAAACUGGAUUGCCCAGCUGCUAGCACACAAGAAACAAAGGACCCUUGAAAUAACUUCCUCAUGGAGGCAUAAGUGAAGAUCUGGAAUUAGCUAUCCCCGCUGCAGUGCCCCCAGGUAUUAAUUUUUUGUCCUCAAGACACCUUUGCAAGCUCUGCCAACCUGUCAGUCCAGCCAUGCAAGAGAGAGGGAGAGAGACAGAGAAAAAAGAAAGGAGGGAGUGAAGCAGAGAUUCUUUCAGAUCUCAGCAGACAUUAAGGUUUCCAAUGAACAAAGAAAACAAAUAGCCCCUGGGACCACAAGUGUGUUCUGUAAACUGGUGCCACGAGGCAACUAUGAGAAAGAUGACUGAACAGAGCGGGUGCUAUAAGCCCGUUAACAUACAGGGAAAUAAGAUCAGUUACCAACGCACUUGUCAAGAAAGCCCUGAAAUGGGGAUGAAAAGAUUGCAGAAGCGAUUUCUCCACAAGGAUGGCAGCUGCAAUGUGUACUUCAAACACAUCUUUGGGGAAUGGGAGAGCUAUGUAGUGGACAUAUUUACCACACUGGUGGACAUCAAGUGGCGCCAUAUGUUUGUGAUAUUCUCAUUGUCAUAUGUUCUUUCAUGGUUGUUCUUUGGACUAGUCUUCUGGUUGAUAGCAAUCCAACACGGAGAUUUAUUCAAUGAUGAAGAAAUAACCCCCUGUGUUGCAAACGUCCAUAGCUUCACAGGAGCAUUCCUGUUCUCCCUUGAAACCCAAACGACCAUCGGUUACGGUUACCGCUGUGUUACAGAAGAGUGCUCCGUUGCAAUCCUCAUGGUUAUCCUACAGUCAGUGUUAAGCUGCAUUAUUGAUACCUUCAUCAUCGGAGCAGCCUUGGCAAAAAUGGCCACGGCUCGAAAGAGGGCACAAACCAUUCGGUUCAGCUACUAUGCUGUAGUGGGCUUAAGGGAUGACAAAUUUUGCCUCAUGUGGCGCAUUGGUGAUUUCCGACCAAAUCACAUGGUUGAGGGCUCUGUACGAGCUCAGCUUCUGCGCUACAAGGAAGACAAGGAGGGCAGAAUGACGAUGGAGUACAAGGACUUGAAGCUGCUAAAUGACCAGAUCAUACUUGUUACACCGGUGACAGUCGUACAUGAAAUUGAUAGUGAGAGCCCCUUGUAUGGUCUAGAUCGGAAAGCUCUGGCCAAGGACAACUUUGAAAUCCUGGUCACAUUUGUCUACACGGGUGAUUCAACAGGAACAUCACAUCAGUCAAGAAGUUCGUAUGUCCCCAGAGAGAUUCUGUGGGGCCAUAGGUUUAACGAUGUCUUACAUGUAAAGAAAAAAUACUAUAAGGUAGAUUGCUUACAGUUUGAAGAAACCACAGAAGUUUAUGCUCCUCACUGCAGUGCCAUGCAACUGGAUCGGAAGGAGCAAGAAUGGAACCGAAGCGAGAAGACACGGGAAAAAGAAGCAGAGACGUCAGCACUGGAGAUCAAGCCUUUUAGUACUAACCAAAAGUCAUUUAGUGCAGUUGCCCUCAUCACCAGUUGUGAAGAUCCAGAAGACCCAGUGACAACUAUCAGCCAGCCUUCUGGAGCAGUUUCUUAUCAGAAAGCAGCUGUGACCUUAAGUAGGCUGUCAAUGGAGUCCCAAAUCUAGCUUUUUACUGCCAUGAAAAUCACUUCCAACAAAUUGUCCCAUCAUAGCUUUUAGAAUAUAGACAAUGAACUCAUAUGCACAAGUAUUUAUAUUAUAAACCUCGCUGACAGCGUGCCCACAUUGUAAUACAUUGCUGAGCUGCUAGAAGAAGUUUCACACUGGUUAGCGUGGGUAUCAGUAACAGAUUAGCAUUGGCACAAGAAAACAGCUCACAUUUGGGUUGACUAGACAGCUACUGUACUUGAGCAAACUUCUUGUAAACUUUAUUACCCUGCAGGGACCAAUGUUGGACAUACCCAGAGAUAGAUAAUGAUCUAGGCAGGGAACAAAACCAAUGUAGUGUGCCCUCUAGGUCAGAUUUUUCAAAGCUGCCUAAUUUAUUUGGAAAGCCAGUUCCCAGUCUCCCCAGGAGGCUCCGAAACUCCCCUGCGAUCGCAGCGAACAGUGACUCUCAUCAUGCCCAAACCCUGAUCCCCGGGUUACACUGGGGAAUCCACGGGGAUGUUCUUCGUAGGAAGGAGAGAACUGGCAAGGAUAAGUGAACACACAGUUGCUUUGGACACCUGCUUACACCCUGCCUAGUGCUGUGGGAUCCACAGUGGGAUCCUGGGGAACUUUUCUCAUUUCCGAGCCAUGAGCCACGUGCUGUCAGCUGGCUUGGGGAUGUGGGCAGGUUUUUGACGUGGCUCCGCGGCUGGGAGGGCUGGCCAAACUGGCUCCUUCACACUGUGCAGAAAUCAAAACGAGACCUCAUGUUUGAAAUUGAAAUCAGCAAAAUCAGACUGAGCCUCAGAGAUCAUGCUUUUAGAGCGAGCUGUGCAAUAUUUUAAAUCAAAACACCUUUCAUUUCAGAAUGUCACCUUUGUUUUCCUUUUUAGUGUACUAUGCUUCUUUAAAAAGACAAAGAUCAAUCUGGAGACCAAACAGUGUGAUUUUGUUGAAACGAAAUACGUUUGUUCAUCUGAAAUGACUGGGUAAAAAUUAUCCUUUGCAGAGAAAUUCAACAUACUCAGCUGUCAGAUCAGCUUGGAAAAAGGGGAAUGUUAAUGUUUUGAAGUUCUCUGUGACAUGGACAUUCUGUGCUCUGCACAUCUCUGCAGUUAUUCAAUAAGCAAUAUCUCAUGAUGCUUUUUCCCCCGAUGAUUAUGGUUAAUUUGCAUUGUAUCUAAUUACCAUGCUAACGUAAAAAUAAUUAUCUCUGAAUUUGUGGUUACUUAAAAUGGGAUUUAUCUCACCUGACCUCAGCCAUCAAGAGAUCGUUUGUCUACUUGUCGAGGCUCUCUGCGGUUACUGGAACUCUUCUUCUGUCUUCACAGGGGAGUUCAUCCCAUCUUACUCUGGCUUUUUAGGGAGCUGAAGGCAAUAGGAUGUGUUUAUCCUGGAAAUGUUCAUCCCUUUCCAUUUAUUGUUGAAGGAGAUGAGAUGACUGUUGUGGAAAUGCUGGCUAACUUUAGGCUGCUAAAAUUAGGUCUGACGAGUCAUCCACAUCAGUCUGACUAAUUGAACGUUUUUAUGAGCUCAUCACAUUUAAGGAAGAAAAAUAGCAUGCUGAAUCUUUUCCCUGAAAUUUGCUGCAUAUAGUAGUAUUGCUGUGUUAUUUUAAUGUAUCUUGCAUUUCUCUUUUUCUAGCACUUGUCUUUGGAUAUUUGUGAUCCCUUCAGGUAAAACCAAGCAUAUUAGCAAGCCUGGGGGGGAGAUGGUUGUUCCAAAGCUCAUUAAUUGCCUAUUUUAUAUGCUGAAUCAUCAGCAGCAUCACUGCAGUAGAAAACAUUGUAUUGUAUCCUGGAUUUGAGCACUGGCAGGCACUGGGGAAACAAUCUAAAAACAUGGAAAGGAGUGUAAGAAAAUGUGUAAGGGUCUCAGUACUUACGUGGUGUCGGAAAAAACACCAUCCGGAUUGUAUAAAAUAGAAUACAACCUUCAAGACAUGUGAAGUAAUCCUUCCGCACCCCUCUUUGAAAGCUCUUGGCUGAAUUACCUUGUUCUAUGUUGGACACUGCACUUUGGGAAAGCCAUGGAACAAUUUGAAGGGAAUCCAGAGAUCUAGAAAACACGUCAGUGAGGAAGUAGGGAAAUAAGGUGUUUCAGUCCAAAAAAGCGUUAGGAAGCAAAGAAACCGUUCUCAAACACAAAAAUUGAAGCUCGGGAGAGAGGGACAAUCUGUUGCCUGCAGCUGGUGGGUAGGACAGGAAAACAUGGGCUUAAACUGAAGGCAAAGAGUUUGAAGUUAAUUAGGAAACACUGCCAUUAAGGCAGCAAAGCACUGACAGGUCUGUGGGGUGUGUAAUCUCUGUGGUGAUGGCUCUGGGGAGCCUGCUGGAGAAAACGACUCGCAGGAGUGAUACAGAAUGGUCAGAUGUUGAGCUUUCCAACCCUGUUUUUCUGUGAUCCUGUGAUUUUUAGAAAAAGGGAAUGUCUAACCUGAAAUCUGCUUACCUGGUCACUUUACAAGUACUUACACACAUUCGCUUAAUCACGUAGGUAAAGCUACUCGGAGAGAUGAGCUCCUACUGAGAUACAUAAUCAGAAUCCCCAAAAGAACUUCAAAGGGUGCAUAUUUCAGGUGCUGUUUGUAAAAGCAGUUUCCCCUGUUGAGCUGUGAAUCUCAGCUGCCUUCCCCUCUCCCAGUUAUGUACUGUGUGAGCCUCUUGCGGUGAAAAAAAUUCUUUCCUCAGAAUGACUUUCCUGUAAGUGAAAGUACCAGGAGUCUGAUUUAGCAUUUUGUCACAUGCUUCUUGGUACAGAUACAUAUAAAUAUGUGAGCAUGUAGAGUAAUGUAUGCAUUGGCAUAUAAGUCAACCACUAACUGACGAGGGUCAGGAAGAAACUUCUCUCCUGGGCAUGUUAAUUCGUAACAGGCUACUAUACAGUUUCUUCUACUUUUAUCUACAGCAUCUGAUACCAGCCAGUGCUGGAGACAGGAUACUGGUUGAACCCCUGGUCUCAACCCAUCUGGCUUUUUCUGGUUUUCUCUGUUUGAUAUUUUUAUUUCAUUUAUCACAGUACAAAAACUAGGUUUAAUAAUGUAUAGUAACGCAUGCAUUGCAUUUUUAUGAAUACAGACACAGAAAUAAAGAACAUGCCUCUACCAUA